AUGAAGCGACUACGGCCAGAUGUCACCGGGAUUGACAUUAUCUUGAUCACUUUAAUGUUUGCGAUACGACUGAACGUUUUCGGAGUUCGAAGCGAAUCGAUUUCGGCCAACCAAUCAAAUUCUAUUCCCCUUUUACAGACCCCAAUAAAUUACACAAGAAUAGAUGGAAUUUCUGUCAACGUGCAGACAGAAAUUAGCGAGACGGACUAUGCCAGUUAUUCGUCUGAAUCGGUGGAAGAUGUCAAAGGCGGCGCUACCGAUCAUCCGGCAGGAAGUGUCAAUGAGGUCUGGGCUAAAAUCCGGCAUUUGCACCAAAAAGUACGACACAAGGAGACGGAUCAGCAAGAAAUCGAUGGCCAUCAAACUAGUCAGACGCAAGAGUGGGAUUACGUCGAGGAUGCCACCAAACCUGCAGCAGCAUCCGGCGUUGAUGAGGAGAAGAAGGCCAAUGUGUCUGUUCAAAUGAAAAAAGAAACCACCGUCGUCAAUUCCAAUCCGAGCAGCGGUAAAAUAAGAUCCGGUAGAAUGAAAGCCAACGCCACCGGUAACGCAAAACCGUUCCGUAUCCUGGCAUCCGGAACGAGAAAAUCCAAGUUACAAGCCGUUUCCAGCGGAUCUCCAACGAGUAACUUAGUGUCACCGAUGGUGGGAAAAGACGACAGCUCCGAUGUAGACACCACCAAACACCAACCGCAGACAGAACAGAUGGACAUUAAAGACCCAAUAGCCAAAGGGAAUAAUAAAAACUAUCGUCAAACAAUAGGACCAAAUCCGCCAAUGCCAAUGGCACCGCGUUCGUUUCUCACCUCGGCCAAUUCACCGGAGACGCCGACAGGAGCGCCCAAAUUGGAGAAUAAGAUCGCGGCUAUGAAAGGAUUGAACGAUGGGCACAGAAUGUCGGACGCCGAAGGUGAAUCGGCUGACGAAAUGUACGACAGUAGCGAUGCGGAAGCGUCGAAUACAAACUCGCUGGACGAUCCGAGCACCUACGAUCCGAUCAUCAAACCCGACUUGGAUAUUAUGACUAAAUUCCUUCGUAUCGUCGAAUCUCAAUCUUUGCUGGGCGAUAACUGCACAGCAGGAACGGACGACACCUUGGGUGAAGGGGUGGUGGAUCGCUACGCACAGGAUCGUUUUCGCUUGGAAGCCGAAGUGGCCGUCAACCGAGCUAAUUGGCUGACGCGGCUUUGGAAGUACGCGGAAAAGGACGUUCUCGAUUCAGAAUACCUCCUACACGUCAAUCUCUACUCCAUGAUCGAGAUGGAUGAAGACAUUUUCGCUGCGGGCAACUGCUAUGACAAGUACCAGUACAAGGACUACGUUCUCUUCUGCCCGUUCGCCUAUCGUAUGUUGGAGGGUCCCAUUCUGGCCAAAGAUCUGGCCGUCGAAUACAAGUACUUGGCCAACACAUCCGAGUGGUUUUACAUCGCCCGUAAGAACGCCGAGCGUGUCAUUCGGAACAUGACGUCACUGACUAAAGCUUAUCAUACGUACACGGCCAACGAGACGGCGCACACGGAGCGAUUCGACGACGAAAUUCUCAGUGUCUCCUACGAAGAUGGUAAAUGGAGCAAACCUUAUUUCGACUGCGGCGGAGGCAACAUCUGGAUGAUGACGUAUACGGUUCCAUUUUUCGGCUUUGCGAAUGGGUCCUACUUUUUCAAAGGGACCAGUGGUAUUGACAUUGAUCUACGAAGAGUUGACAUCGACCAGUGUCCGCAAAAAGCGGGCAACUCUCAGCUCAACAUAUUCGCCGCUUCAGACAAAUGUAAAUCCAGGACAACUAAGUGUGAACACAUACCAGGAUUGGGUUUCCGGCGUGGAAGUUACCGGUGCGAGUGUAGGGACGGAUUCUACUUUCCUGACACGAACGCUCCCGUUCGUUUCUACAAUGGAACUGUCAUCGAAGAAGAAUACGAAAAGAAGCUCAUGGGAUUGGACGGUGUUUACGAUCAAGAAGGUAAAUUCGAGUGCCUACCUUGCCCCGAAGGAUGUGAUGUCUGCGUCGACGACAGUCCCUGUAUCGUCACGCUUAAUUGGGUAAUGCGGACGACCAUCCUCAUCUUGGAGAUCAUCGUCAUCUGUUGCCUACCUGUCGUUGCCCUAUUCACCUGGCGUUACAGCCACGUCAAGGUCGUUCGCGCCGCCAGCCCAGCUCUCCUGCGAUUGAUUAUUCUGGGAGCGUUCUUCAUCUACUGCACGAUUCUAGUAGCCUACAUGAGGCCCAACAUGAUUACCUGCUCACUGCGCGUCUGGUUCCGCGAGAUUGGCUUCUCAUUCGCUUACGGAGCCUUGAUGCUGAAAACGUGGCGCAUUUCCGUCAUCUUUCGAGUCCGUUCAGCCAAAGCCAUCAAAAUCACGGAUCUCGACCUCAUCAAGAGACUGGGCAUCAUCGUAUCAAUAUUUGCCGUGUUCCUUUCCAUUCGGACAGUUGUCGGCCCUCCGCACGUCAUCGUCGCCAAAACGGCCGAUGAUCUGAAAGCCUACAUCUGUGAGACGGACUGGUGGGAUCACGUGUUCACCGCAAUGGAGAUGGUAGUGCUGGUGUGGGGCAUCCGGUUGUGCAUCGUCGUUCGCAAAGCGCCGUCCGAAUUCAACGAGAGCCGCUUUAUCUCCAUGGCAAUUUAUAACGAGUUCCUGCUCUCAAUAUUUCUCAACGUCUCCAUGCUCUUCCUACAAUCGCCAGCCAAUCCUGAUCUAAUGUACAUCAUCAUGUUCUCCCACGCACAGCUGACGACGACACUUCUCCUCGUCCUCAUAUUCGCCAGCAAAGCUUAUCUAGCUCUACGUGGGCGAGGGAAAGAGGACGCAAGUUCAAUGGCAAACAAGCCUCAAGCAGCCAAAUUUUUGGCCAAACCCAAAUCGGCCAACCAUUCAAACGUCACUCCGUCAGGAGGCAGCUUUCGCACUGAUGUGAUGCCAGAGUUGUCCAGCGUCAAUGAUCCUGAUAUUCAGGCGGAGAUUCGCCGUUUGCUUUGCGAGCUGGACCAGUUGAAGGAGAAAACAGCCCGAUAUGGUCACACGCAGUUUGCCGCCCGAUUAACUGCCAUGUCGCAAGCAGCACGUCAAGUCAUCAGCCCAGUGGCGCCAACUGAAGUGAUCGCUGUCCUUGAUGCCAUCGAUACUACAGCGGCCAGCAAUUGCCUCGAAAAUGGACCAUCCACUGAUCACAGGGUAAAAGAGAGCGACGUCGAUUUACGUCAAAGAAAAACGGGCCAUUCGGUCAAGGAGAAGAUCAAAUCCCCCAAGAACAGUCCUGACUCUGGACUAGGUGGUUUAAUGUUCAAUUCGGGACCAGUGGUCAACAACGUGCUGGCCUGUAUGACAGACAGGAUAGUUUGCGCUACGUUUAGUGCCGAUCCAUCAGCGAUGGUCGAGGACGAUGAAGACGUCAAAGACGCCCAGUCACCUUCGAGGUCGAUAAAACAAUCUAAAAAGGCUAGGGCUGCUCCUCCUGUGGUGGAUCAGCCAGAAAGUCCUUCUUCCACCGUCCCGGCCUCGUCUUUAGCCUUGGCCGCUGCUCCGCUAUUGUCGUCCAAUUUCGCCUUUGAUUCACGAGGCGUUAGCGUGCUGAGGAAUUUUAGCGCACCAAACAGCCGACGUACUUCCUCCGAACAGACGGACAUAUCGACGUCGAUGAACGCUCAGCUCAGUUUGGUUGGUGAUCACACAAACAGUGGCGCUCUUUUUCACGGGGAUCAAUCAAAUAACCCCGUUAGUGUUCAAAGUCUGUGCCAAUUACUGAACGAACAGGCUAAUCCAGUGCAUGCCAAUCACGAAAAAGAACGGAGAUAUUCAGAAACUCGCACUAGCCCUUGCGGCCAAGCCAACAGUCGGUGGCCUCUUUCACCGAAAGUUAAAAGCAAACUGACAGACGAAACUAGCUCACUUGAUUGCGUAGAGGAAGUCAAUGUGCCAGUGGUUUCUUCGCAACAAUACGAAAUGGAUAGUUCAGUGAGAAGUGCCCAAAUCACGCCGGUCAGCACACCAGGACGCUCUCUUUCUUCGUCCAGAUCACGUAUCAACACCGACGAUCGAGAGAGAUUCACCGAAGAAGUCACUGUCUAAAAAUAAAAAGAUAGAAAAACCUCUUUGUCCUUUUCAUUUAUCAUUUUCCUGCUCUCAAUUAUAGUCAAAUGGAAACAUUUACAUCCCUUUCUUCCAAUAACAUCAAAUUGUUGCUUUUGGGUUUGUAUACAAGUAUUAUGUAUUGACGUGCGCUGUUAUUUAUUGGAUUUAAUGCACAUUGUAUUAUUUUUUUGGAAGAUUAAAGGAACAUGUCAUUAAUACACAUACACCACACGUCCUGCCCUCCUAAUCGUGAUGAUGAAAAAAUUUCAAACCUGAAAACCUGUUCACAUAUUCAUGUUCGUCUUGGUGUUUCCCCUGUUCUUGGCCCAACAUCACUUUUAAUUAAUUCCUCCUUUUUUUUUUUAAUCAUUACAAUGAACUCAAAAUAACUGUUAAAUUUCUUUUAUUUCACCAUUUGAAAUUUAUAUUUCCGUUUUGCUCUAAAGUCUUUGACACACGCUGAAGCCUGGUUUAUUGUUUGAUAAUCACUGAGCCCUGGUCAUCAAGGAAUGGCCACGGCUUCAACACGGAGAGUCUCGUGAGCAAUCUCAUUUGUUAUUAUUUCGCAUUUUCUUGUGUUGUAUUUUAAAAUUUGGGUCGUGCAACCGUUCGCAUUUUGUUGUUGAAAAAAAAAUUGUGUUCAUCAAUUGCUAUAAAAAAAGAAAAGAAAAAAAGAAAAAACGCGACAUGCAUUUUUAAAAGCUUUUCAUUUGUAGCUAUCAGUCUAUUAUCUACACAAGCUGUUGGGGUGAUUGCAUUUGAAUGCGUGUGUGUCUAAAUCGGAUCAAUACAACUUGAAUUAUAAAUAUGA